GCGUCCGCGUGGUUCCUCCGGCGGGUGGCUGCUGCGGCGCCGCGCGGGUGGGUGGGAUCUGGCGAAUCCCCGCGCGCCGGGGCAGCGGCGACAGAGCGCCAUGGCGGCGGCUGUGUCGGCGGCGCCCAGGGCCCGCGCCGCGGGGAGGUGAGAAGCCGCCCGUUCUCCGCGACUGAGGAGGCGCCGGCCCGGCUCCGGCAUGGCCGGGAUCAUUAAGAAGCAGAUCCUGAAGCACCUGUCCCGGUUCACUAAGAAUCUUUCUCCAGACAAAAUCAACCUGAGUACUCUGAAAGGGGAGGGCCAGUUGACCAACCUGGAGUUGGAUGAAGAGGUUCUGCAGAAUGUGCUGGAGCUGCCCACCUGGCUAGCCAUCACUCGGGUCUACUGCAACAGGGCAUCCAUCCGGAUCCAAUGGACGAAGUUGAAGACACACCCAAUUUGCUUGGUAAUGGCCUUUCUUGAUUGCAUGUAUGAAUACGGCUUUGCCGAGAAGGUAGUGGAGGGGAUGUUCAUCAUAGUCAACUCCAUCACCAUCAAGAUUCACUCCAAGGCCUUCCAUGCUUCUUUUGAACUGUGGCAGCUCCAGGGCUACAGUGUCAACCCCAGCUGGCAGCAGAGUGACCUUCGUCUGACCCGCAUCACUGAUCCCCACCGAGGAGAGGUUUUAACAUUUAAGGAAAUAACUUGGCAGACACUUCGAAUUGAGGCAGAUGCUACAGAUAAUGGUGACCAGGACUCCAUCACUACCCCUUUGAGGCUUAUUACCAAUCAAGGCAGGAUCCAGAUAGCCCUCAAGAGAAGAACCAAAGACUGCAAUGUGGUGGCCUCCAAGCUGAUGUUCCUGCUGGAUGACCUGCUCUGGGUACUCACUGACUCACAGCUCAAGGCUAUGAUGAAGUACGCAGAGUCCCUGAGUGAGGCCAUGGAAAAGUCUGCCCAGCAGAGGAAGAGCCUGGCUCCUGAGCCUGUGCAGGUCACUCCGCCUGCUCCCACUGCUCAGCAGUCCUGGGCCCAGGCAUUUGGUGGCAGCCCAGGCAACAGCAGCAGUAGCAGCAGCAGCAACAGCAGCAGCAACAGCAGCCGCCUCAGCCAGUACUUUGAGAAAUUUGAUGUGAAGGAGUCCUCCUACCACCUGCUCAUCUCCCGUCUGGACCUGCAUAUCUGUGAUGACAGCCAGUCUCGAGAGCCAGGUGUUUCUGCAAGCAGACUCAUGGGUGGUGCCAUGCAGCUUACUUUCCGCAAGAUGGCGUUUGACUACUACCCGUUCCACUGGGCAGGUGAUAGCUGCAGACACUGGGCACGGCACUGUGAGGCCAUGGAGACCAGGAGCCAGUGGGCCCGGAAGCUGGUGAUGGAAUUCCAGACUGAAAUGGAGAAGUGGCAUGAAGAGACAGGGCUGAAAACGUCCUGGCACUUGGGGGUAGAUGCCCCCUUCCGGAGAAAAGCAGCUUCUUUCUCCAGUCCUGGAAAAAAUCCCCUUGAGAGGAUGCCCUCCCAGGGCCAGCAGGCCGCCUUCCGACCUCCAGCAUGGCAUCGCUUACGUUCUAGCUGCGUGGUUGUGCGGGUAGAUGACCUGGACAUCCACCAGGUUUCUACAGCUGGACAGCCAAGCAAGAAGCCAUCUACGCUCCUUUCCUGCAGCCGCAAGCUCCACAGCCUGCCCUCUCAGGUCUCUGCGAUUCACGUCGAGUUCACCGAAUAUUACUUCCCAGAUAAUCAGGAGCUCCCAGUUCCCUGUCCCAAUCUCUAUAUUCAGUUAAAUGAUCUGACAUUUACUGUGGAUCCAGUUAGCCUGCUCUGGGGAAACCUCUUCUGCCUCGAUUUAUACCACAGCUUGGAGCAGUUCAAAGCUAUCUAUAAGCUGGAAGAUUCAAGGCAGAAAGAUGAACACCUGGACAUCCGGCUGGAUGCCUUCCGGUUGAAGGUGAGCUUCCCACUGGAGAAGCGCGAGCAAGCGAAGUUGCAUCGUCCCCAGGCCCUUGUCUUCUCUUCAUCCAGCAUGAUUGCCACUAAUACCCGUCAUGCCCCACACUGUGGCUGUGCAGACCUCCAGAGUCUUUUCCGGAGUUUUGCUGCUGCUGAGUUCUUUCAUUCUAAUUAUGAUCACUUUCCCAGGGUUGCUGGUGGUUUUAGUCUUCUGCAUAUGCUGUUUUUGCACCAUGCCUUCCAGAUGGAUUCUGGCCUCUCUCGGCCUAGCACCCGCCCUCCCCAGAGGCCUGAGGCUUCCCAGGACCUCUGGUCCAUCCACUUUACCCAGAUCUCCUUGGACUUCGAGGGAACAGAAAAUUUAAAAGGCCAUUCCUUGAAUUUUGUGGCCCCUUUCCCCUUGUCCAUGUGGGCCUGCCUGCCUCUCCGCUGGCAACAAGCCCAGGCCCGGAGGCUCCUUUUGGCCUCAGAGGGGAGGCUUAAACCAUCAGCCAGCUUUGGAAGUCCUACCCGAUCUGAGGCCCUGGCCCCUGAUUCUGUGUCACAUCAGAGGUCCAAGACUGAGCACGAUCUGAAGAGCCUGUCGGGCCUCACAGAAGUCACAGGCAUCCUAGAAGGCAGUGGUGCGGCAGAUAGCAAAGGGCCUGCAACAGAGCUGGAGGAUGCAGCUGAUGUUCACGUGCUUGUGCACUCCCCCACCCACGUCCGUGUGAGGCUGGACCACUACCAGUACUUGGCCCUCCUCCGCCUGAAAGAUGUGCUUCAAGGGCUUCAGGAGCAGCUGGCCAAGGACACGCAGGCCAUGACUGGAUCUCCCCUGCAGGACCAGACGGCUUGCAUUGGUGUCCUCUUCCCCAGUGCGGAGGUGGCUCUGCUCAUGCAUCCUGCUCCUGGGGCUGGUGAUGUGGACUCUGCAGGCUCAGACACCACCAGCCUCAUAGAUUCUGAGCUGUCUCCAUCAGAGGAGCAGGAACCAAAGUCUGACACAUCAUUGGAGCAGGGCCCAGCAAGCCCAGAGAAGGUCCUGGAGGAUAGCAGCACAGAAAAUCUGGAUGUGGCGCACGAGAGGCCUCACAGCAAUGGAGAACUGCAGGACCUGGGUCCCUCUGCACAGCAGGUGGCAGGGAAGGGCCACGAGGCCGUCCAGUCCCUACAGGCCAAGAGGCUGAGCAGAGCCCAGGCCUCCAACUCACCAGCUGUGUCCAAGUCCCCUGCAGGCAGGGACCCUGCUGUGAAUGGACAAGGUGAGCCCAUGCCCCUGAAGAACAUUGAGGAAGAAUUAUCUAGUGCUAUCCACAUGACCAAAGAUGCUACCAAGGAGGCUCUGCAUGCCACCAUGGACCUCACCAAGGAAGCCGUGUCCCUGACUAAGGAUGCCUUCAGUUUGGGCAGAGAUCGAAUGACCUCCACCAUGCACAAGAUGUUGUCCCUACCCCCAGCCAAGGAGCCCAUGGCCAGGACAGAUGAGGGCGUGGCAACCCCAAUGAGUGGAGGAGCUGGCCGACUCCGAUUUUUCUCCAUGAAGAGGACAGUGUCUCAGCAGUCAUUCGAUGGUGUCUUGUUGGAUAACAGUGGCCCUGAUGACCGGAUUUCAGUGGACAGCGAUGGCAGCGAUAGCCUUGUGAUGCUCCUGGAGUCUGAAUCUGGUUUAGAAUCUGUUCCGCUGGGCUCUCUGCCAAGUGUCUUGGAUGGUGCCGGUGCUCAGGGCAGCCCUGUUGUGGAUCAUUGUGGCCAGGUGUCUCCAGAGGCCACCAGUGUGGCUUCGCCCAGCGCGGAGGACCUUGUCCAUCACCUGGUCUCGGUUCUGGUUCUGAGGGUGAAGGAGGUGUCCUUUGGGAUUGAGGUGCGUGGUGAGGACUUGACUGUAGCCUUGCAAGCAGAAGAACUGACCCUGCAGCAGCCGGGCACCGUGGCCCUCUGGAAGUUCCUGCAUGGACAGUGCCCUGCUCCAACCCUCCAAGAAUCCUCAAAUGUGCAGACUGACCGCAUCCGCCCAGCUGUGGGCCUUCGCUUCGAGGUGGGGCCUGGUGCAGCUGUUCAUUCUCCCCUGGCCACACAAAAUGGCUUCCUGCAUUUUGUGCUUCAUGGCUGUGACCUUGAGCUGCUCACUUCGGUGCUUAAUGGCCUGGGCCCCUUCCUGGAGGAUGAGGAAGUUCCAGUGGUUGUGCCCAUGCAGAUUGAGCUCCUGAACUCCAGGGUCACCCUGAAGGAUGACAUCCCCCCCAUCUACCCGACGUCUCCAGGCCCCAUCCCCAUCACGCUGGCCAUGGGACAUGUUGUGCUGACGCGCAGUGAUGAUGGUGUCUUCCAUAUCAGCGCUGUUGCUCAGGACAGAGCACCCACUGAAGUACCUAAAAGUGAGAAGAGGCAGCCCCCCAAAGAACAGGUGUUGCUGGCGCCUCGUGGAGAGGCUUUUGGACAGCAGGUGAAAGAACUGUCUGCCCUUCAAAAAGAACUUAUAGAAACGAAGCAAGCAUUGGCCAGUGCUAAGCAGGAGAAAGAAAAACUUCUUGAGGAGAUAAGGAGAUAUAACCCCCUCUUCGAGCUUUGAUAGUCGUGCUCAGCUGUCUGUGCCGAGGAGAGGGCGACCACCAGCAGCGGCACUGGGAUGGAAGGUGCCAUCCAGCGUGGACUGAGCCACCACGGAGGCCCGAGGGACCAGGCGUGCUUUCUCCUGGCUGUUAGAACUUAGAAGGAGGACAAGGCAGAGCGUGGCCACAUCCCAGGGAAAGCGCAGUAGCUUUGUGUGUGAUUCAAGCGGAGCGUUUGGCCCUCCGGGUCCUAGGCGGAAUCUUCUCCACAGCACGGGGCCAUUUCACCUCCUGGCUUCAUCGCCGAGAGAUUUGCUUCCUUCGCAGCCUGUUGGAACAAGUCACAGUAUUCCCCUGCCCACUCACAGAUCCACCAAAGAGUCCCAGAGCUUCCUGAAGCAGACCUGCAGAGGUCUUGGUCUGAGCUCUGGCCCUGCAAGUUGAAUAGGACAGGAAAUAGGUCAGCAAACGUGGGGUGAGGAAGCCCUGGCCUCGAGUUUGGGAACCGGAGCCGGGCUCCAGUCUUGGCUCACACUACCGCUGCUUGUCAGGGUCUAGCGUGCUGUCAGUGGGAAUUUCAUCACUGCGAUGCUGUCAUAGGAGGUAAAGAGCCAUACCAUCUUUCCUCUCUCUACAUAAUUUAUUUGGAAUUAAAAAUAAAGAAGAAAUACUUGCUCUGAGCUAGGUUGCAGGCAUGAUGUGGUAGGGGAUUGGUGUAAUGGACCUUGAUGGUGAGCCCCUUGACUUCUGCCCUCUGCCGCAGCUGCCAGGUCUCUUCCUGGGUCUCCCUGGGGUCCCUGCUCAUCUGCUUCCCAGCGCUGGGACUUCCUACCGGUGCUCUCCGCAGUACUUGGUAGCGUGGCAGCUGAAUGUGUGUUUCUUACACUUGAAUAUCUAGAUCUUGACCUGUUGCCUCUCACUCCCCCGUUACUGUGGGUUUUUAAAAUCAUGUGAUUUUAACCUAAGGAAGAGGCAAAACCAGAACAAAACCCUUCAGCCCAUUUAGGUUGGCCUUCCUCACCUAUAAAUGUGCUGUUUCUCCCAUUUUGUUCUUAAUUCUCCAGAAUUCUGCCUUUCCCCAUACUGCUUUAUGGUGCGCCUGCAGCUGUGCCAACUGGGCAGGAGUUCAUCAGCUAACUUGCCUUGACUUGGCAAGGUGGUGGGACAGUGAGUAAUGUCAGUAAAAUUUUAAUCAUACAUGACUUAUUGAAGGAGAGGUAAAAUGGUUUCUUUCACGAGGAGUCAUGCUUGACUUGUACCCUCGGUUUUUGAGGAUAAAAAGAAACAUGCAUUCUUAAAGGAACAAAAUUUGUUUAGAUUCUCCAAGGACUAUUGUCAAGUUUCUUCACUAAGGCAAAUUUUUAAACAGCAGUUACUAUGAGAUUGAGGGAAUUUGUCAUUCUUGGGAAACAAAUUAGAGACUUAAGAAUAAAGGAAUAAACAGUUCUUUUUGGAAAAACUGUUAAUAGGGGAUGUUUCCUAAGGUUUGAUAUUCAGUUCCACCUUAUGUCAGAUUACUAUUGGUGACUUAAAUGUAGGCUUUUGUAAUGAAAUAGGCUGUUUCAACUUCUAGGCAAAUGCAAGGUAGAUCAGAAGAGAUUUUUAAAAACCAAAAAGCCACAGAAAAGAUCACAAACAAGGCUGUGAAUAUUCAGAAAAAUGAUAGGUUCAGUAUCGCUGUGUAAAGUGAUGGGUUUAUGGAAGAGUAAUGAGCUAUGGCAGUGAGAGGUGUAGAACUCAGGAAGGACACUGCACCAUUGAGAGGGCAGGGGCAGCGUGCUGUUACGGCAGGAGCGGGCUGCCCUCUAAGCAUCACUGGGAGGGGCACUGUGCCCAGUACUGUGGACAGCACCGGAUGCACAGCCAUGGGCAAUGACUUUUGUUUGUUAUCCUAGAGACUGAACCCAGGGCCUUCCACGUGCUAGGCAAGUGCAAGGGGAUGGCGCUCUACCCUCAGUCCUUGGAGAUGCUUGUUUGUUUUGUGUUACUGGGGAUUAAACCCAGCGUGUGCUAGGCAAGUGCUUAGCCAUUGAAGUAUACCCCUAAGUGUAGCUUUAAGAUUUUUGUUCUUUCUUUGUUUUGUGGUACUAGGGAUUGAACCCAGGGCCUCUGCACUGAGCUACAUCCCA